AUGUUCUACCGCGCCAAAUUCCAACCAGGAGACAAGUUCAUUUACGGCAUAUAUGGCAUCCAGUACCAGGGCCAAAGUCCAAACCGUCAGCAGCUGGAUCUCAUUCAGAGGUUCGACAAGCUCAUCACCGGACAGGCUCAUCUUGACCGCAUCACGGUCCCAGGUACUAAUGAGAUGAGCACCCAGAUCUGGCUCUCGUAUUGGUGGCCGGAGUCCCACGCAAAGUGGUGGUCAUCACCUGCCGUGAAACAGUUUUGGGAUGAGCUGCCAGAAGACGCAGGCAUGUGGAGAGAGAUCCUCACAGCCACUGCCAAUCGAGUGCAAAAUGCAUGCACUGCUGAGUUGAAGAAUGGGAUGAAUGGCGUUGGAGAGAUGGAGCCAUUCGGUGAUAAGAUUGGAUAUUGGGGCUGUGUUCGUCAUCGUAUACCAGACGUGAGCUUGGGUGAUAAGUUGGCCUCUUCGUUGGAGGAGAUGCCGGCGCGGGUUCCAGAGACAACAACCAUUCGCCCUGGCAGAACGAUUGUGACCGACCUACCAGACAAUAUCUGCUUCCUAGUUGAAGGCCAAGAUCACUCGGGCAUGUCUGAUGAAGAGAAGGCGUUGUGGUUCGAGGAGUUUGACGAGCUAGUUAGUGGCUGGAUGGGCUACCUAGCAAAGGAUACCACUGCCAACGGGCUCUUUGAUAUACGAAUGGGUCAUGUCUCAGCCUGUGGAACGUUCAAAACUGGUGCACCGAUCAAUUUGAACCAUAACAGGAAGAUCGAGAUGUUUUACUGGCAGGACAUGAGCAAGUUUGAGCGGGUAGGGAGAAUUCACAGAGGCCACGUCAAGCUUCGAAAGCGGUGGAUGGAGGUUUAUGGGCCUGGUGGAGAGAUGGGUGACGGUAAAGGUCAGAUAAACCUAUGGGAGGAAACUUCUAUCUUGAGGGGCUCAGAUAUCGUGGCUGAAUAUGUCGGGUGCAGAGAGGGUACUGGUUUCAUGGCAUUCGAUGAGUUAGGAAUAAUUCAUAGUCAGCAAGCAGCUUAA